CAUUCUGCACUAAAUCGAGACGAAUCUUCAAAGUUUGCCAGCACCUGUAGAAAAGAGUCAGUUGCAAAAAUGUUGUCCCCAGAGGAGGAACAACCAGCAACAAAAAUAGCUGAAGCACCACCACUGGAAUUGUUGAACUCCUCCGUUAGUCAAGAUAUUUCUGAAAAUUUAUUGAAAAUAUUGGAUUUUGAGUUUACAAAGCCCAAUGAAUCCGGUGAGAAUUGUUCUGCGAAAUUACACAUUUCUGACUCGGAGGAUACUGAGGAGCUUGAGAAAAAGUCUGAAAAGGAAAGUGUCCCUCUCAAGCUGGAAACUGACGACGGCGACGACGACGCAGCAAUGAGUCCAACCGCCGGGUAUGAUUCUAACGUGACGACGACCAGCAGUGAGCAACAGAAUCAGGAAGAUGUGUCCACCGUGUUGAAAGAAUUGGAAAAUAAAGUAACGCCAGAACCUUCCGAAAUGUCAGAGUCCAUCGUCCGAGCAACUUUUGUUGACUUUUCCACUGGCGAGGAAGACGAAGAAGAUCAACAUCAAGAACCCAUGAUAAGUCAAGGAUUGGCUUUGGAGGAGCUAAUCAAUACAGAAGAAUUGGGGAAAGAAUUCAGCCUCACGUUGAAUCCAGACCUUCCAAAAAUUCGGGCUCAGCAGAUCCAGAAUUGGUUGGAGUUUGAAAAAGAGGCAACGCCCAACAAGCAGAACGGCGAUGACGACAAUAUUUUGGAAAAUAAUGAGACCACCCAAAGAUCAAGGGAAGCUUCACCUCCACAAGAUUUCGAACUAGACAGUCUCACCAUGAUGGGAGGAGGAGUUGCACGUGGAGGAAAUACGGGACCAGUUGUAAAUUCUGGGGUUGACCACACCGUGACCGAUGCAGACGGACUUCAACGAAGAGUCAGAUUCCUAACCGAUCCGCAGGGGAACAUUCUCAUUUCCGUCUUCUUGACAAAUGUCGAUGGGGAGGAGGAGGAACAGCAGCAAGUGAUUCACUUGGGAGAAGACCACGAACUACCGGAUGGGAUGAAUUUCCCUGAAAUUGAAAGCCAGCUCGCCGCCUUUGUAUCGCAUGCUCAACAGAACAAACCAGAUUUGGUUGAUACGGAUAAGAUUUUGAAAGAGUUGGGGGUUGAGAAGGAUGAAGAAGAUGGAGAAGAAAAUAAUGACCAGAAAGCACCAAAAGCCGAAGAUGAUGCAGAAGGUGGUAAUAAGACUAGCAACACCAAGACCAGGAUUUCAGCAGGUCCUUCACUCUCCGUUUUUGAUGAUGGUGACGACGCUGGAUCGGAUUCUGAAACAAUGUCGACAUCCUCAUGCUCCUCCAUGAUCGAGGUGAAGCCCAAAGAAAACGAACCAACUUGUUCUUUGGGGGCAAAAUUGCUCCAAGUGGUGAAUGAGGAGGGUAUUUUGGAUGAGAAUAACAACCAAGUUAUGAAUACAGACAAAGCAAGAGAGGCACAAGUUAUUACAAAAAUCAAGGAUCAAAAUAAUUCAUCUAACGAAAAACUACCACCUGUUCCAGAAGAAGAGAAGGAAAUUGUGUUGGAUGACUGCAAAAUUCCAGAAUAUGCAAACUCUCCAUCAAAACAUGUUCCAACCUUGGUUGACGUAGAGUUGAAAGGAACUUUGUCCCCUCCAACCUCCGAGCAGACAUACAAUAAAUCCGCCGCAUUUCUGGAUAACAACAAUAACAAUGGCAACAUCCUGACCCUUCAAGUCGUCGGAGUGGAGUCGCCACCCUCUCCUCCACACCCAGAAGAUGACUAUCCCCAUAAACAACGCCGAGAUUCUGACGACGAUGCUGAAGCACAACUUGAAUCCCUUUGCAUCGAAGAGGAACCAAUUUCCGCUGUGGCUUUAACCAUCGCGAAAUGGGAAAACUUUUCCAGGAAACAACAGCAACAAGCAGAAUCUGGGGAAAAGGUGAGCAUCGCUGUGAAAGGGCUGGGAAAACUGAUCCUUCCCAUGUACCCAGGAGGAAACUAUCCGAAUUCUGCCCCCAUUAAAAUGGCUGGACCCGCAACUCCCAUGAAACCCGUGAAGAAGAACAAUCAAAAUCUAAACGGCAGUGGUGGUGAUCGUAACCAAAACAAUAAUGGAAAUAAUGGAUGCAAUAAAAAUAAUGGGACCGCUACCAACGGAUCAAACAAGCUAUGGAACGGGUGCGGCUGGGGAAAUGGAAAUAAUUCAACGACAAACAACAACAAUACGAGUAGUAAAUGUCCGAAUGUGAUGAUGAUGGAAAAAAUGGUCGUGGAGUAUGAGGAAGAAUCCAUUUAUGAAAAGCCAAAUAGCCAAGCCGGGUGUCUCUCGAUUACGACAAGCGCUUCAAAUCCGUCCACUUUGCUGAAAUCUUAUCCAAAACCAAAUUCUAGGGGGGAAAUUGUAAAUUGGUUUAAAGAAGGAGAAUUGUACCGAUCUGGCAUUCUGCUGAGUUAUGCUCCCACGACGCACCACACAUCGCCACACAUUGUACCUCAACCAGUCACGGCACCUGUCAUCGUGUCGUGGUUCUUCGGAUUAAUUACACGUCAACAAGCAGAAGAACUGCUCCUCGGUCAGCCAACCGGAACAUUUCUUGUACGGAUUUCCACGCGUAUUUGGGGUUACACGCUUUCUUAUCAGUUCAACAAUAAGACGAAACAUUUUCUACUUUCUGCCAUCAAUCCUGCCGUUGCUGCCACGCUUAAUAACGGCCCUGGCAGUGGAUCUGAUCAAAACAAUAAUAAUGGCCCCACAGGGAAGCAACAUUUUCUCCACCCGUUCUCACCUGGUGGAAAAUAUGCCUUCAUUGGAACCAAUAUGACUCCCUACAGUACUCUCACGAGCUUAAUUCGACACCAUUCCCAUGCCCCGAUAACAAAGGCCGGCGGAGAAAAACUAAUUGCUCCAUGCCCAGGAGGACCAAAAAUUUCCGGGAUUGAGUACGUCUUCAAGUAAUGCUGACGAGAAAGUAGUUAUUAAUUUAUGAAAUAUUUUUUUUACGAAUAUAUAUUCUUUAUUAUCAAUUGAUAUUGUGGUGGUGAUAAUAAUGUGGAGGAAACCCGACUGAUAUUGGAUCGACUUGUUUCAUUACAGUGAUGAUAACUAUACGGUGUAAUAUGGAUAUGACUUUUGCUUGUUUCUGUUAUUUUGUUACACAUAAUUUUAUAAACAUUUUGAUUAUUCACGUACACACUGCUUGAGUGUAAUAAACACUAGACUACAUAAUUCUGAAA